AUUUUAUCCCCUGUUAUCCGAGCCCGAGACUCCUCUGCCCUCCCUCAGCACGACCUUCAGCUGCAGAAGGAGGAUUCGCCUACGACAGGGUAUCACAGUCAGCUGCAGCAGCAACGUUUUCGACAGCGCCCGAAUGUCUCCGAAACAGCCAACCCACCAUCUCUACCUCCUGCCUUCAAUCAGGCAACGUCGCAGCACGAUCGAAUCUCUAUUUUUUUGAGCCUCUUGUUGCCUGAGGCCAUUCGUGAGAUCAAGGAGGCUGUAUCCGCCGAGCCAGACAUGGUGGCCCAGCGAGUCCGCGCUAUUGUGACUCGUCAUCUUGGACCAGAGAUCCUGUCCAAGUUUUUCUCCAACCAACUCACCACUUCCUCAUCCUCCUCCUCGUCUUCCAUUCAUCUUACACGUUCAUCCUCAGACGCUUUGGACUCGAGAUGCUGCCAGCAUCUGGCUGAAAAGUUUCAGCAACAGCCUUCACAUCCGCCUGCGCCUUCGUUGCUGAAGGAGUCUCCUACCGGGCCCGCCCCAGUCUCCACCGCUCCCCAGCAGCAGCCCCACAAGCGGCCUUCAUUGGUGCAGGAAUUAAGUGUCACCUCCGACGGUGGUCCGCCUCCGACUCCACUCCUUUAUAGUUCUCACGCCAACAAGAAGGACCACCCCCCGGCCGGUUCAGUCGUCUAUGGGACGAGGCAGCGCUUAGGAUGCUGCCAGCAGUCGCAUCAUCAGCCUCUCUCCACACUUACUGCGUCGUCUGCACAAACAUCGGGCACAACGACUCCCACUUCCUUUGACUCAAUGGCGAGUAGUAGUCCCUGGAUUGCGGUUGGUCGCCAGCCGCCACCAGCUCGAAAGCACACAAUAUCCGUCUCUUCUGCCUCCUCAUCACAGGAGAUUCACUCCACUGCUGGAGUUCUUGAAUCUCUCUUAAUGGGUGGGGAUGUGCAGGACGUCAGAUUUAAGAGAACAUCUGGCUCUAAUUGUUGCGGACGGCAUCGCAACUCGUCGGAGGUGAUGGUGGACUCGCGCAGUACGGAAUUUCGCCAGACCUUGUCAAACAGCGGUCCCUCGUCAGCCUGUUGCCAAGCUCCGAAGUUAAACUCCUUCACGCUGUUUGGUCUGGAGAAUGAAGAGUGGCCCGGUGUGACACCAAGCAGCCCCAACGGACCACGUGCGGCGAAUCCAAGCUCUACCUCCCAAGUGUUCAUGAGCCCCAAUUCCUCGUCGUCUUCUUGCUCCUCCCUGGCGCACCUAUUGAGACACGGUUGUCCUUUGGCUCCUGCUGCAUCCUUCAACGGCUCCAAUGCCACUUCUGUCGCGUCCACAGCGUCCUCCGAGACCCUGACGAGCCUUGCUCCAUCCGUCCCAACGGCGUGCUCUGUGCGAGCUAACCGUCUAGCCGUGGCAGUUCCUUCCACUUCAUCUCUCACGCCAACCUCCACAACUGACGAGAAAUCAACAUCGAGGCCACUCGAUCGUCCACUCUCCGUCAUUGUGGAUCCCCAGAUGAAUCUCGCCAAACCAGCGCAUCAAUUGCAGCAUUAUGAUGUUGGACAACAGUCCUCUGUAUCAUCAAAGUCGCUGAACUCGCUACAAUCAAACCUACCACCCCCGCCUCACCCAAAGGAGGCCCUCCUAGCACAGGAAAACAGCCAGGUCCAAUUUCAAAGCACCACCGCUAGAGAAACGAGCCGCAAACCCAACGUUCGGGAUACCAGUGAGGAUGAAGACGCCGCCUUGGCUAACUCCUCUCUCUGUCGUCUUCUGCAGGGUCCUGAUCCGCGUUGGGAGACGGUCACAGCGGAAGUGGAGAGUGCUGCUCAGGAGGACGCUCCCCCGCCUCCUCCUCCGCCACCUCCCUCCUUCUUCGAAAUCCCGCCUGCAAUGCUUGCUAGUGGCGAAGGGGAGCCCAAGCGGGUGCGGUAUGAUUCUUGUCCUUUGACAAAAAAAGAGCCAAUGUCCGUGCCAUCACCAUCACCACAAGUUGACGUGCCAAGAGCACUGACAGGUUGUAUCGGCGGUCGAGCUGACUCUGCUAAAUCCCACAGAGCAUCGAGUUCAUCGGCGCCUCCAUCCGCGAUUCAUACGGUCGAAGCACCCAUUUCUUCGCCUGCGUGGCCCCUGAUUGAGAAGCGCCCGUCCCGCCGCCUCAUCAGCCACUCCGUCUCCACCGCGUUGACAAUCUCGUGUAGUUUUGUCGUCGAAGACUUUCGAUUUGGAGUCUCCUGCGAGAGGGAGGGCGCGGGCUCCUCCUCAAAUUACGAAAGAAACCGACAAGCCGCCGCGGUGGCUGCUGCGAGAAUUGCGGAGGAAGCAGCAAACCAACGCAAGCAACUUCCAAGUUCGCGCCACUUAUUUGAAAGACAGCGUCUCUUGUACCAGCAAAAUGUGGGUCAAGUUACUGCUUACCACUCGACGAGCCACCAUCAUUUGAAUAAUAUGCACCAGCGAAGUUAUGCCUAUGGUAAUCGUGGAAGUGACCAAUCCCCUGGAACCGCACUCGUCCAAUGCGCAAAAAAUGCGUUCCACGACUAUGCCCCUUCCACAACAACCUCUGUGCCAAGCCAGAGGCCUCCUUUGGAGGACUUUUCUAGACGCAUGAAGGAGGUCGCACCAAAUGUCCGCGUCUCCCCAACUGUCUAUCACCCUCCGAACUCGGCUUUGUAUGGUGAUCACCAGGUGGCUCACAUAGCGCCGGCGCACGAUUACUCGGGCGGGCAUUUGGCACCAGUUAGUUACGAAUACCAGGAGCCAGUACCAACUCCACCUUCUCCCCAUGCGGAUCAUCAGAGGCCCCCCGCUCUGACUCCUCCGCACUACGAAAAUCCCCAACUGCCUUCUCCGUACCACCAGCCACAGAAACCACCACUUUGCGCCUCACGACUGCCCUCAGUCCAACCUAAGACAGCGAAUCACCCGCAAUCUCAGUCCCAUCAACGGAAACCACGGCUAUCGCGUCUAUCUUCACCACAGUCUCCGCACGUUUCUGACACCUGUGGUUACCCUCCUGAGGGCUCCUACGUCAGUCAGUCGUUUGAACAGAAACAUCUGCAUUCCUCGUCUCCAGUCUCGCAAUCGCUUCAACAACAACAACAACCACCUUACUCAAGUAAGGUAAAGGCCGGCUUGCGUGAAAAAGUGACCAGCCGUUGUCAAGCGAGGAACACGAACACCAUGACAGUCGGACUCCUCACCGGCUCGACCCUUGCAUCCCAAUCGUCCCCACCUAUGGCUGCCGGACAGAAACGUCCCAUCCCAUCAACCAGCCACAUUUAUCAUCCCCACCACCAGCCAAGCGAGCAACAGAUGUGCUAUGCAGGACCCCUGCCAUUGGAGCCCUACAGGUGCUACGGCCAACCUCCCGCCACGCCGGCGUCAAUUCCUGAGCCCCAGCAACAAUUUGCACAGUAUCCCAUUCGGUCGGCGGGGUUGGCCAAGUCUCCCUUAUUUGAUCCCGAAUUCGCCUCGUCCGGGGGUGGAAGCAGUGAGGAUAUCCAGCUGACUGCUGACAUCGUUAAUGAUGUACUCGAGUGUGAGUCAUUCCUUUUUGUCUCAUCAUUGUUUCCUCAUUUGGGCAUUUAA